AUGAGGCGUCCUUUGGUGGUUGCAGUCUGCGUUAUUGCAGGUGCUUCUAUUGGGGUGUUAAUUGCACGACUGUUGAAAUCACGUAAAUAUACCGCACCAUAUACUAGGAACUUUUCUUCAAAAUACACUGAUAUAAUAAAAAGAGAAGGAAAUGGAAAUGUUGAACAUAGUGAUGAGACCGCACGUAUAAUGGUUAUUUAUGGAAGUAGUUCUGGUAAUGCUGAAGGUUAUGCUAAAAACUUGGUAUCGGAUUUAAAAGAACGUGGUGCUGAUGUAUCACUUAUUGAUCCCUCUUCAUGGUCUCAUUUAAGUCAGUUUAACUCGAAUCAACCUCUUUUCCCAAUGAAUGCGAAAGGUGAACCUCCUAUUGUAAUAUUUAUAGUUGCAACUACAGGUGAAGGAGAAGUCCCAGCCAACUUUUAUUGUCUCUUUGCAGAGAUGCGAUCAGCUUUGCAAAAGGGAGGAACAGAAGGUAAAAUGGUAUUUUCUAACGUAUCCUAUGCUGUUUUUGCUUUAGGUGAUAGCUCUUAUAAGUACUUUUGUCGAGGAGGAUUAGAUGUCAAUAUGUUUCUUAAAAGAGGUGGAGGAAAAGAGUUGCUACCUGUUGUUAUUGGGGAUGCACGAAAUCCACUACAAGAAGAAGUAUUUGAAGAAUGGGAAGAAAAACUUAUGGGAGUUCUUGAAGAACGAUGUGGAAUAGUAUUAACUGCUGGAUCCGAUGCUCCUCCUAAACCCCAAUUAAUAUUUCAGUUUACACCUGAAAAAACUGUUAGUCCAUUACCCUAUAUUCCACCACCUUCAUUACUAGAACCAUCUAUGCAAAACCCUGUUCAACUUGUAGUAAAAGGGAAGAACUCACGUACAGUGCAACGAGAUGAUGAUGGUAGUUUUAUUCUUCAUCUUGUUUUAAGUAGUGAGGAUCACAUGAUAACUUAUCAAGCAGGAGAUCAUCUUGGUAUUUAUCCAGCUAAUUUACCUGAUAUAAUUGAAGCGUAUCGAAUAGUAUUAAAUAUUUCUGAAAAAGAAUGGAUGACACCUGUAGAAUUGUGCACAACUGCAAAUGCAAGAUCUCGAGCCUCAUUAAGAAAUACAUUUCCUGCACGUGUUACUUUACAAAAAGUAUUUGAAUAUUAUUUAGAUUUAUCAGGUAAACCUCGUAAGUCAAUGUUGCGUGUAUUAGCGAAAUAUUGUUCUGAUCCAAAUGAAAAAAAACUCUUUAUGGAAAUACUUAACCGAGAUAAUCAAAAAAAUAAAAAACAAAAUUCAAAGGAGAUGGAUUCCUCAACUCUAGAAUUAUCAUCAACUUAUUUAUUUCGAACCUUACUAGAUUAUCUGAAAAAAUUUCCAAGUUGUUGUUCUAUACCUAUAGGUCACUUCUUGGAGAUGAUGCCACGGGUUCAACCACGGUAUUACUCCAUAGCCUCAGAUAUGAUGACACAUCCAAAAACGAUAGAAGCGUUUAUCCGAAUUGUUCCUGAUGGAAUGAAUUCAAAAUAUCUUCAAAGUAUUUCAGUUGGAGAAAAGAUAACUGCCUUUAUUCAUAAAUCUACAUUUCAUCUUCCUGCAAAGUGUGGUGAACGUCCAGUUGUGAUGAUUGGACCUGGUACAGGUGUUGCCUCUAUGAUAGGUUUCUGUUAUCGACGGGCGGCAUUGAUGAAAAAACAACCAAAUGCGGCAUUUGGUCCAAUGGUUCUUUUCUUUGGGGCCCAACGACGUGAGAGUGAGUACUUUGUACGGGAAGAGUUAGAAGGAUGGUGUCCUCAAGGCGAAGGGAAACUCCCAGACGCAGAGGUGUUCCCACCUCCUGUUCUCACACUCUUGGAUUUGGCCUUUAGUCGGGAUCAGUGUGAAAAGUACUAUGUGACAGACCUUAUAGAAAAGCAUAAAGAUUAUCUUUUUAAACUUCUUACUAGUAAUGCAAAUGGUGGAUGCCUUCUUUAUGUUUCAGGAAAUGCUUCUGAAAUGGCAAAAAGUGUAGAUCAGGCUUUGGUAAACCUUUUAGUUUACGGUGGAAUGACUCGCACUGCGGCAUCUAAAUUUUUACAGAACAUGGAAAACGAACAUAAGUUUAUGAAAGAUGUGUACUAA